UUUUUGAAAACUUUUGUUUCUAUAUUUUUCACUUUUAGGGAUCAAAAUAUGUGAAAUGUCUAAUUUAGAAGCAAAAUACUUAAUAGUUGGUGGUGGCAUUGCUGGAGUAACUUGUGUGGAAACUCUAGCCAUAAUACACCCUGAAGAAAAACUUAUUUUAAUAACUGCCUCUUCAUUAGUGAAAAAUGUAAGCAAUGUUAGUUUUUAUGCAAAAACAAUAGUAAAAUUUGAUGUGCACGACACAGAAGCUAAUUCUUUACUUAAAAUCCACCCAAGUUUGACCAUAGUUUAUGACUCACUAAAAUAUUUGAAUACAAAAGAGAAAAUUGCUAUAACACAUGAAGAUAAGACAAUUAAAUAUGAGGUUAUUUGCAUUUGCACUGGGGGAAUACCAAAACUAAUUGCAGAUUCAAAGAAUUCAAGUAGAAUUUUGGGAAUAAGAGACACUGAUUCUGUUAAAGACUUUGAAAGUAAAUUGAAGAAUGGUCGCAAAAUGUUAAUCGUUGGUAAUGGAGGCAUAGCUUCAGAAAUAGUGCACGCAACGAGAGGCAUCCAAAAGGUGUGGGUCAUCAGAGAUGACUAUAUUUCAGCUACAUUUGUAGAUCCUGGUGCUGCACAGUUUCUGCAAAGCAGUUUUAAAAAUAACAGCUCUGAUGCCAAAAAGUCCAACACAGUGGUGAGAAGGCAUAUAUUUACUGAAGAGGAUUCAGUAGUGUCCCUGAAUAAAAAUUUAAAAUCUGCAGCAUUAGGUCCUGACUGGUACAGAAAGCUAGAAAAUGUUAAAAACUAUCAUGGAGAGCAGGAGCUAGAGAUAAUAUACAAAGUACAGGUACAAUCUGUGACUGAGACUCCCAACUGUGAAUUUUCUUUAAGUGUACUGCUUACUAAUGGUAGACAUGUAAAUUGUGACUUUGUUAUUUCUGCCACUGGAGUUGAACCUGCUGUAAAUUUUUCUUGGGAUCAAGAGCCAGAAAAGGCCAAAGAUGGUGGACUGGCAGUGAAUGAAUUUCAGCAGACUUCGCAUGACAGCGUGUAUGCAGCCGGUGAUGUUGCCACUGCAAGUUGGGAACACGCUCCUCACUGGUUUCAGCUCCGACUAUGGACUCAGGCCCGCCAGAUGGCCGGCAUGGCAGCCAAAGCCAUGCAUGCUAAAGUGACCAAUGAAGAAGUAUUACAAGACUUUUGUUUUGAGCUAUUCACACAUUGUACAAACCUAUUUGGAUACAGAGUAGUGUUGUUAGGAAAAUAUAAUGGCCAAGGAUUAGGUAGUGAUUAUGAAAUACUCUUACGCACAACACCUAAUAUGGAAUAUAUAAAGUUUGUUAUAAAGGACGGAAGACUUCAAGGAGCUAUUUUAAUAGGAGAAACAGAUUUGGAGGAGAUGUGUGAAAAUCUUAUUCUAGAUCAAAUAGAUUUGACACCAUUUGGGGAUGACAUUCUCAAUCCAGACAUAGAUAUUGAUGAUUACUUUGACUGAGUGAGAAUUUUUUAUUAUAUUUAUAUUACAUGUUUUUUAUUGUUUA